GACUCUUAUUCUUUCAUUCCUUCAAACCUUUUAGAACAUCUGGCAUGUGCAGGGUAGAGUGUUAGUCUUCCUGGAGGCUGGAAGAGCGGAUGGCUGCUUGUUGGGAGGAUGGAGCAGCCAGAUCACCACACGCUGCACUCGAGGCCUCUGAGAACUAGGUGUCAGGUGAGCGAAGAAGAGCCAGUGUCUCCCCGGGAAUGGGCAGUUGCUCAGAGAACAUUGAUAGGUGUAGCUUACCUGGAGGAAAACUAAAAUUAGCCAUACUGCGUAGCUCAAGGUUUGGAUAUUGUGCAGGACUUUGUUUAGAAUAUGUUUUUAAGUGAAUGAAUCUGGUAACUUUGUAUCAACCAGUGAGACUUGCAAGCCAGAAGACGAUUCCUUGUAUUUGACUAAACUUUUUUUUCCCAUGUGAGAUACUACGUGGCCUGACCGAUAGUAAUCAGUCCUCCAGUUACUUGAGUCUCUUAGGAGAAGUAAGCCCCUUCUUGUGAUGUAACAACCUUGAGCAAGUUCCCUUCUGAGUUUCCCUGACUAGGAUGAUUUUGGUCAGUGGAUUAGAAGGGCAGCAGCCUCGUGUUGGCUGGACCCCUCAAGCUGGUCAGAGCGGUUCUGCAGCCUUCUCCUACCCCUUUCUACAUAUCCUUAGGGGUAAACCCAGCCUAAGGACUUCCACUGAUACCUUGCUGGCCAUCUCUGUCUUCCAGGGAUGUGGAAAAGAUGAGCUGAAGAAUUGCAAGAGAAACAAAGACAACUUUACAUUCCAAGAGGCGUGCCAGUGCAUGGCUAUUUUUAGUCCCUGGCAUCAGUCAGGACAUACUUGUUGGAUAUCAGGUGUGUUGAAUGUGGCACACGGUUACGGUGAUAUGCAGCAGGCUGUCAGCUGACCUCUCCCAACAUUGUAGGAAUACCCUUGCAUCUGUGAGACUCCAGUAAAUGCUUUUCAGAUUCCUUUCCAUUUCAAGAAGAGAAGCCAAGGUAUUUUUACCCAGAGGAGGAAUGAUGUAGUUUCAUCCUAACCUUCUUUUCUUAUACUUACAGAGUUAUUUCUUCCUAGGAUCUGUUUUUUUGUCCUUUUACAUCUUGAAGAGUGGAAUUUCAAAUAACCUUGGAAUUUACACCAGUGAAAUUCACAAGCUGGGCUGGACUUCAAAAAGCUUUACAGAACCGAACAAAGUCCCCUAUUGUGGUCUGCUGCACGUCUGGGAGGCUAUGAUGGGAAUGAGUGUGAAAAGCUGGAGGUUUCACCUAACUCGUUGCUCCUGCCUGGAAGAUCAUCCUUUAGAAGUAGGAAAAGUGCUCCACGCGGUGGCUGACUUCAAGGGACCAGACACAUUGUAGAAAGAAAUGGAUGAAAGCAGCUUGGGGGCUCCAGACACACGCUCCCUGCGGUCUAGUCCAGGGAAGCCCUUCUGAGGCGCCCUGGCAUUCUGGAAUGUCGCCAGUUCUGGACACAUGGCCAAUUCCUGAGUGAUGAUGGUUCGCCGGGGGUUGCUUGCGUGGGUGUCUCGAGUAGUGCUUUUGCUGGUGCUGCUCUGCUGCGCCGUCUCCGUCCUCUACAUGCUGGCCUGCACUCCGAAGGGUGACGAGGAGCAGCUGGGGCUGCCCAGGGCUAACGGCCCCACGGGCAAGGAGGGGUACCAGGCCGCGCUGCAGGAGUGGGAGGAACAGCAUCGCAACUACAUCAGCAGUCUCAAGAGGCAGAUUGCGCAGCUCAAGGAGGAGCUGCAGGAGAGGAGCGAGCGGCUCAAGAAUGCGCAGUAUCACCCCAGCGACGCUGUGGGCCUGGGGCUGGAUCAGGGCCCCCCAGAGAAAACGCAGGCAGACCUUCUGGCCUUCCUGCACUCCCAGGUGGACAAGGCGGAGGUGCACACCGGCGUCAAGCUGGCCACCGAGUAUGCUGCUGUGCCUUUCGAUAGCUUCACUCUGCAGAAGGUGUACCAGCUGGAGACGGGCCUGACCCGCCACCCCGAAGAGAAACCCGUGAGGAAAGACAAGCGGGAUGAACUGGUGGAAGCCAUUGAAUCGGCCGUGGAGACCCUGAACGGCCCUGCGGACGGCAGCCCCAGUCGGCGCCCCUACUCGGCCUCGGAUUUCAUAGAAGGGAUCUACCGCACCGAAAGGGAUAAAGGCACUCUGUAUGAGCUCACCUUCAAAGGGGAGCAGAAGCACGAAUUCAGACGACUUGUGUUGUUUCGACCAUUUGGCCCUAUCAUGAAAGUAAAACAAGAAAAGCUCAACAUGGCCAACACACUCAUCAACGUUAUCGUGCCACUGGCAAAGAGGGCGGACAAGUUCCGGCAGUUCAUGCAGAAUUUCAGGGAGAUGUGCAUCCAACAGGAUGGGAGAAUUCAUCUCACAGUUGUUUACUUUGGGAAGGAAGAAAUGAAUGAGGUCAAAGGAAUACUUGAAAACACUUCCAAAGCUGCCAACUUCAGGAACUUUACCUUCAUCCAACUGAAUGGAGAGUUUUCUCGAGGAAAGGGACUUGAUGUUGGAGCCCGCUUCUGGAAAGGAAGCAAUGUCCUUCUCUUUUUCUGUGACGUUGAUAUCUACUUCACCUCCGAAUUCCUCAAUACAUGCAGGCUGAACACACAGCCAGGGAAGAAGGUAUUUUAUCCAGUCCUUUUUAGUCAGUACAAUCCUGGCAUAAUAUAUGGCCAUCAUGAUGCGGUCCCUCCCCUAGAACAGCAGCUGGUCAUAAAGAAGGAGACUGGAUUUUGGAGAGACUUUGGAUUUGGGAUGACCUGCCAGUAUCGGUCAGACUUCCUCAAUAUAGGUGGCUUUGAUUUGGACAUCAAAGGCUGGGGUGGAGAGGAUGUGCACCUUUAUCGCAAGUAUCUCCACAGCAACCUCAUAGUGGUGCGGACGCCGGUGCGGGGACUCUUCCACCUCUGGCAUGAGAAGCACUGUGUGGAUGAACUGACCCCUGAGCAGUACAAGAUGUGCAUGCAGUCCAAGGCCAUGAACGAGGCAUCCCAUGGGCAGCUGGGGAUGCUGGUCUUCAGGCAUGAGAUAGAGGCUCACCUUCGCAAACAGAAACAGAAGACAAGUAGCAAAAAAACAUGAACUCCCAGGGAUAGAUUUGGGGAGAUGGUUUAUUUUUUCCCUUUUGUGAUUACUGAGUAAGUGGCUGUGACAAGGAAAAGAUUUCCAUAAAGGGCAAAAAAAAAGAAUUCAACUGAUUAGUAAAAGCGACGAUGGGGAGAGCCUCCGAUUUCUCUCUGCCUGUUUGGCUUUACGCAACAGGAAUUAAAAUCUUUGCCUGCAAAAGUAGCCCAAAUGCAUCCCAUGUAGUGUCUGACAAAGGCAGAAUGAUUGUGAGAUUAUAAGCCUAAUGGCAUGGAGGUUCUGAUUGUGUGUACAGCAAAGUGAGAGCUGUUAUCUUUUGUGCUCAUUGAAAUAUUCAUGAAUUGAGACCAGUUUUGUAAAAAGUUCUUGGGAAUGAAAGGCAAGCAUAUGUCUCCCCAUAUGAACGAUUAUAUUGGUAGAGCUGUAGUGCCCAGGAAUGCUAAAAUAUCAGAAGACAGGUGAGGAGACUUCGUGAUACUCAAAGAUACACCCAUGGCAAUCCUUGUGAGUAUAUUAAACAAAACCAAAUGGACUCAAAAAGGAAAAAAAAAAAAAGAGACUAUUGUAUCAUUUCCACCCAAGAUUAACCAAAAAUAAUCUGCUCAUCUUUUUUAUCAUCGUUUUAACCAUCUCCAUUUCUCAAUUUUAUUUAAAAAUGCACUUUUUUGGCUUAUGAGUUAUAUUCUGCUUAUUUAAUUACCAACUUGCAAGCCUUACUAAGAGAGCACAAGUUAGCAUACAUUUUUAUAUCUUUUAAGAAAAUACUUUUAGGUAUAUUAUGAGAACUUUUCGUUCAGAUUGAUCCCCAUAUCCAAGGACAUGCCAAAUGCUGAUCCCGUCAGACACCGAAUGUCAGAUCUUUGGUCAUAUGGAAGUCAUGGUGUGGGGCUACUGAUACAUCAAGACAUAUAGAUACUUUAUCUGAAGAAUAUUUCCCAAGGGGAGCAACUGAACACUGGAAGGAAAGAAAGAUACACUUUUUACCUUAGCAGAAAAGGAAAACUCAGACUGGUAAUAUCUUGAUUUAUUCAGAAGUCAAAAAAUACAUUUUCUCCUCAGGAGAACUGGGGAUCACUUUCUUACCUGUUUAAAUAAACCAAAGUAUACUGUGUGAACCAAACAAUCUCUUUUCAAAGCAGGGUGCUCUUCCUGGCCGCUGGCUUUCAUGGGAAGAAAUGCAGACAAAUGUAUUUUGUGAAAGAUCACUCCAUCUGCCAGAGUCAAGUGAGAUGUAAGACUUUGCUACAUGUUCACCUACCCCCACCUAGGGAAGUAACUAUUUUUUAAAUGACGCAGUUCUACUGAGUCACUAAGAUGCUUCUGAAAAUGGCAUUUUAUUACAGUUUCCAACUAUUUAAAAAAAUAAAUACAGUUAACAUUGAGUGAUUUCUACAUUCAUGUGAAAAUUAUUUAUUAGCCAGCACCAGAUGCAUGAGCUAAUUAUCUGUGAUUCCUUGCCUUCUGUUUGCCCCCAGUCAACUCAUUGUUUAAAAGCUUCAGGAACAUUCAAGCUGUUGGUGUGUUAAAAAAAAAAAAAAAAAAAAAAAAAAAAAAAGAGAGAAAGAAAAAGAAAAAAAAUGCAUUAUAUUGAUUUGUACUGGUAGUUCACAAAUUUUAAUCAAAACACAGAACAUGAAUGUAAGGUGGCAUUGGAGAGCUAAUAAAAUAUGAUUUGUGGAUAUGA